GGUGGAAAAAAGGGAGGAGAAAAGAACUACUUGCAGGACAAUAGAAUUCCCCCUCAAAUCCCUUUGGAAUAUCAACAAGAAAUUCGUAAUCGAUAAAGGCGACUUAUCGCCGCCGCUCUCCGUCGAUUGAUCACAUGUAGACGACGCAAUGCUUGGGACUGAGAUUCGAGCAAUUUUUUAAAUAAUUGACGACAUUUGGACGGAGUUUGAACCUUGAGUCUUGCUCAAGCUAUCACGUAUAGAAAUGGGGCAGAAGCUACUCUCAGUCUCAGCUUGGCGGUUAUGGAGAUCACCGGUAAGAUAAGGAAUUAAGGACUGACGGUGAUAUUUUUACGAUUUUAGGGCAUCCGUUAAUUUAUUGCAGCAGAAUAAAUUUAAGAAAGGAGAAAAAUAAACGAAUAUAUAGAUAAUGUAUCCCACGUGAGUUGCAAGCAGCACCUGAAAGGUAAAAUUAAUUAUCUAUUAUUUUUUAAUGAAUAUUAAUCUAUGAAUAUUAAAUUAAUUUUUUUUAAAACUAAAAUAGAAAACUUCCCUUACCUUCCCUUGAAAACCCCAACCCCUCAAUCCAAACACGCGGUAGUUUUCAAGGCUUUCCUUUUCCCUCUUCUUCCCGCUCUAACAAAUUUCAGAGUUUCAAAUUGGCUCCAUUUUUACACAUGAAUAAAGGGUUGAAAGACAGGAAGAGCAGAGACCAAAACGACAAGAAACGGAGACAUAGUGAAGCAUGGUCAUUAAUGGCAACUUCUUCGCCAAGACCAUCUGCUCUAUCUGCUACGAAGAUCUCAAGCCCAGCCUCGAAGAUCUCCAAGCAAUCUCUAUCUGUGGCCAUGUCUUCCACGAACUCUGCUUGCAGCAAUGGUUCGAGUACUGUUCGAAAUCAAACAAGUGCAGUUGUCCAGUGUGCAAACAGAGCUGCAUGGGAAAUAAUGUCGCUCGUCUUUAUUUCCAAUCAGUGGAGGAUCAGAACGAACCGUCCGUGUCUCAGAAGGUGAUUGAUUGCGAGGAUGACCCUGAGCUGUUGCGUGGAGAAGUGAGAAGAUUAGCGGUGAAGGUGUCAGGUCUUACCACAAAUUUGGAGUGUCAAAGGAAGGAAAUCAAACAGCUCAAUGAAGAGUUGUUUCUCUGCAAGGAUCAGUUGAAGAAAGAAAUCAUUUUGAGGAAUGAUGUCAUGGAACAAAAGACUUCAAUUCAACGGCUGCUUCUUUCAAAAUCUGAGGAGCUUGAUACUCAAAAGUUGCAGUGCUUAAGGCUCCAAGACAGGAAUAUGGCAUUGGCCAAGGAGCUUGCAGCACUGAAACUGGUAUCAGAUCUGAAUCUGGAGGAAGAUGAAAUUUCGAAGCUUGCAUCUUUUGGCAAUGAGGCCAACUGCAAGGAUACCAUAGAUGUUCUAAGGAAGUCAUUGAUUAUUCGUAAUAAGAGUUACAAACAAUUGAUGGCCAAGUGCAAUCAACUUGGAAGGGGUGAGGCACGAUCUGGGCAAAAGCUUGAGAGGGCAAAAGAAAAGAUAGCUAAACUAAAGACAAAGGUCCAAGAACUCGAGAUGAUAGUUGAAGUCAAAGAUAAUGAAGCUUUGAGGGCUUUAAAAGACUCGAAAAAGGGUCAUUGUAAAGAAGUUAAUGCAAAUGAUACUACUGCGGGUCCGAAUGCCUUUUACCUUAGUUAUUUUUCCUCUGUAGAUCAGAAGGAAAAACAUUUUAAAUCUGAGGUCAAAUUGGAUCAAACUAAAAACUCAAAUAGUGAUCUAGGAAAUUUUGAUAUCCUUAAUGAUUUGGGUAGUAAUUCCACCAAAGAAUGGGCAGCCAUAGUGGCCCUUAAUAAGGAGCGAGAUACCUGCUUUUUAAUAGAUGAGGCUGCUCCAGAAUUUCCUACAGUUCAUGUGCUUUCAGAUACCAAUUCAAAGCAUUCAACCAGUGAAGAUGUAAAAUCUACUCUUCCAAAGUCAGAAGCUGUUUCAAGUAUCAACAGCAAAGCCAAAGUGAGUGGACUGACAUACCAAAAUGGGAUGUUUGGUUUAAGAGCUUGCAGCAAUAGUGAUAAAGGUGAUCCUUUGGCUGCUACCGAUGAGGAAGUAACCUUGCUUCAUGAUGAUGAAAAACAUUUUCAAUCUAUGCUUAACAUUAAGAAAGAAUCCCCAUCCCUCAAUUCACUUUCCAAACCAGGGGAUAUGUGUUUCUCAAGUGGAUUGCUGGGUCCUGAUGGAACAAACCGAUAUUUGGGGAAAUGGUGCAAGCGUGGCCAAAGUAAGAGAUCAGUAACCUUGGAAGGUGCAAGCACAGGCAGUGGUGAUUUAAUUGCUGUUGGAUCUGACGGGAGAGGUGGUAGAAUUAAAGUUCUGAGGUCCCUGAAUCAGUCCUUAUUGGAUAGUAAGCAAAAUUCUGCAGCAGCAAAAAGGUGCAAGUAUGGAGCCAAAGCCAGCAAUUUGCAGAUUGAACACUUCUUUAGCAAGACCACUCAUUAAUCAAAUGUGUUCAUGUCUCAGAUAUGGUUUUUUGUGGCUGAGAAGAAAAAAAUCCAGUAAGUCAUGUAUGUAUAUUUGGAAGGAGAACGAAUGAAGAAAAAGCCAGAGGACAUUCCUUUGUUACUCUUAUCAGCUUUAUUUUGAUUAACUAGAGAAACUGGUUGAUAUUCACAUCAGGGUUGCAGUCUGCCACUGUCCGCAUCUUAAAUCGACAUCAGUUAAAGUCAUUUAAAUGGCAUUCUUUUGGGUUAGCUUACUCAUUAUGACAUGUGGAUGCAUUAAAAAAAAAAAAAAGAAAAAAAAAAUGAAGAUAGCAUCCUGCUCUGACUACUUGCAACUGUUAAAAGCUUCUCUUGUUUUUCUGAUAUUAUUUUGAUGUAUAGUAUUUAUUAACAAAUCAAUAGUUUUUUCUUCAUCCUUGUGCUGAUUCUUGUCGGGAUUGAUGGUCCAAAUGGGUAGAUAUAUGGAAUUCCUUUGUACUCCCGAGCAUUUCUAGUGUUCCUUUUGAGCAUUCUCCAACCUUCCUAAAAGAAGAAAUUGGUUUAAAGAGAACUGAUUUGAUGAAUGUGUACAGGCACUGUACGAGGACACGAGGCGCUAUACUUUGUACAUCUGCAGAAAAAAGAUAGCCUAUUAUUUGCUUAUGUUCAUUAACAUUAAAGACAUGUUUCAAUUCUUCUA